AUGGCCGCCCAGCCAUCCUCACACUUUUUCCAGAAGCUCAAGCUCGAUACCUCGGCGCCGCACAAGCGGGUUGCAUCGACCUUUGCCUCGAUCCCGCGUGACGCUGCCUACACCAACACGAGUCAUGCACAGUCGCAGGAUGAACUCGACCAUGUCGACCAUGUCGAGGGCCACAAGAUCACCGACGGCCCCUUCAGGACGCGCCACCCCAACGGCUCCCACGGCCACAUAGCCGCCUACGAUGGCGGCCUGGCUCUCUCUCUGGGGCGCACCGCCCCCAACGAAGCCGCCAUCGAGGACCUGUUCAGGCGGCGCAAGACAUCCAUCAGCUUCGACAGCGAGGUCCGCCUCGACUCGGGCGACCGCGUUGGCCUCGAGCUCCCUGUGCCCAAGCCGGCCCAGCGCAGCUCCCCGUCCUACACGCCCGAAGAGGGCAGCUGCUCAGAGACGGAAUACCUCGAGAUGCCCUUCAAUCACCGCAGAGCUCUCUCGCGACAGACCAGCAACAGCCAAGCACGCUACCCACUCCUGCAAUCCACCGUCGACGACAUGGCAAACGACCCCGAGUACAACGACCAAGUCGCCUCCCUCACCUCGGAAGCCACCGCCUCGCCGCUGGAAGAAGCGCGCACGCCCAUCGAGACGCCGAACGAGUACAUGCUCUCGCCACUGCCCGCCACAAGCUCACCAUUCGACUUUCCUCUCUUCUCGCCCAUGCGCAGUGCGCCCACCAGAAACAGGAGCUUUCGAGCCGAGAUCAGCGAGGACGGCAGCUUGAGGCGAACGAGCAGACGAUCCUCCAAUCGCUCCGGCCGCUCCUUGUCGUCCAUGUCUCCCGCCGCCUCCUUCCUUGCGCGCUACAAGACGGCCGACGCACCCUUGAAAGAGCCCCAGCCAGACGACGAAGGCCAGGGUCUUGGCUACGACAACGAGUACAUCAUUGGGAAGCAGAUUGGCUAUGGCGGCUUUAGCGUAGUCAAGGAAGUAACGAGCAUGGAGCAUGGCAAGCCGGUGACGGACGCAGUCAAGAUUGUACGCAAGCAGCAGAACAACAAAUCUGAAUUCGAGAACGAGGCGCUCCAGAGCCAGUUCGACCACGAGGUAGAGAUGUGGCGGUUCCUAAAACACCCGUACAUCCUUCCUUUGAUCAAGGUCUACACCACUGACUAUGCCACCUUCUGCAUCACAAAACUAAACAAGGGCGGUACCCUGUUUGAUCUGAUACGCGACACCCGCCGCAAGCAAAAGGUCGGCCUCCCAAAGCACUUGGUGAAGCGCUAUGCGUACCAGUUGGCUUCGGCCAUGCGCUACUUGCACAACGACGUUCAUGUCGUCCACCGCGACAUCAAGCUUGAAAAUUGCCUCCUCGACAUGACCGUGCCUGAAGCCGACACCAAAGGUGGCCACCUACUUCUGUGCGACUUCGGCAUGGCAGACUUCGUCCUUCGAGACGACCGCGAAGGCCCAGAUCCACAAUUCACUGCGAACAACCAGAACAUGGGUCCUGCCGACGCGAGUACCUCGGUGCAGGGCAGUUUGCAAUACGCAGCGCCCGAGCUGUUCGACGCUUGCCACUCCCUCAUGUUCUCUCCUGCAGCAGACGUCUGGGCGUAUGGCGUUGUAGUCUAUGCCCUGCUCACCGCUACCUUACCCUUCAACGAAGGCCUCGACUCGAAGACGACCGCCAAGAUCCUAAAAGGCGAGUGGGACCAGGAGCUCGUUCGAACUGCAGAGGCGUUGCAGGACGGAGGCGCAGAAGACGCCUUGACUCUACUAAAGGGCUGCCUUGAGAUGGAUAUCGAGCAACGCUGGACCGUAUCCGACAUCCUCGAGAGCGACUUUCUCCGCGAUUGCGAUUGCGCCAAAGAGAACGAGAGUGUAUACCGUCCCUGGACGCCCGAAGACUGA